UCCUGCUCCCGCUCCUGCCGCCACUCUCACCGCGGCCGCCCGCUCCGCAGCCCCAGCCGCAGCCGCCUCCUCCUACCUCGCGCCUCCUCACCGCCUGAGGCCAGCCCGGGGCUUGGGCUUCCUUCUUCUUCUCCUUCUUCCCGCCAGGCCCCGCCGCCGCCUAGCUGCCGAGCUCAGCGCCGAUAGAUGGAGACAGGCCCCGCCACCGCCGAAGCCGAACCACGAGCAGGAGCCGCUGCUGCCCUCAUCGCCCGGCGUGAGGAGAACCAGAGCCGCCGGCGCCGAGACCCAGCCGCCGGACCCUGAGGAGAAUGUCCCAGAAAUCUUGGAUAGAAAAUACUUUUACCAAGCGAGAAUGUGUGUAUAUUAUACCAAGUUCAAAGGAUCCUCACAGAUGCCUUCCAGGAUGUCAGAUUUGUCAGCAACUUGUCAGGUGCUGCUGUGGCCGUUUGGUCCGGCAACAUGCUUGUUUCACAGCGAGUCUUGCCAUGAAAUAUUCAGAUGUGAAACUGGGUGAAAAUUUUAAUCAGGAAAUAGAAGAGUGGUCAGUGGAAAAACAUACAGAACAGAGUCCAACAGAUGCGUAUGGUGUCAUUAACUUCCAAGGAGGCUCUCAUUCUUAUCGAGCUAAGUAUGUGCGGUUGUCCUAUGAUACAAAACCUGAAGCCAUUCUCCAGCUUAUGCUUAAAGAAUGGCAGAUGGAACUGCCCAAGCUGGUUAUUUCCGUUCAUGGAGGGAUGCAGAAAUUUGAGCUUCACCCACGCAUUAAACAGUUGCUUGGUAAAGGCCUUAUAAAAGCAGCAGUGACAACAGGAGCCUGGAUUAUAACUGGAGGAGUGAACACAGGAGUUGCAAAACAUGUUGGCGAUGUCCUCAAGGAACACGCCUCUCGAUCAUCUCGCAAGAUUUGCACUAUUGGAAUAGCUUCAUGGGGAGUGAUUGAAAACAGAAAUGACCUCGUUGGGAGAGAUGUGGUUGCUCCAUAUCAAACCCUGCUAAAUCCUUUAAGUAAAUUAAAUGUCCUAAAUAAUCUUCAUUCCCAUUUCAUACUGGUGGAUGAUGGAACUGUUGGAAAAUAUGGGGCAGAAGUUAAACUUCGACGAGAACUGGAAAAAACUAUCAAUUUGCAAAGAAUCCAUGCAAGAAUUGGCCAGGGUGUCCCUGUGGUGGCACUCAUAUUUGAAGGGGGUCCCAAUGUUAUCCUCACUGUUCUGGAAUACCUGCAGGAAAGUCCUCCGGUGCCAGUGGUGGUUUGCGAGGGCACUGGCAGAGCUGCAGACAUCCUGGCUUACGUCCAUAAGCAAACAGAAGAAGGAGGAAUUAUUCCUGAUGGGGCAGAACCUGAAAUAAUUUCAACCAUCAAAAAGACAUUUAAUUUUGGCCAGAGUGAGGCAGUUCACUUGUUCCAGACGCUGCUGGAGUGCAUGAAGAAAAAAGAACUUAUCACUGUAUUCCAUAUUGGGUCCGAUGAGCAUCAAGAUAUUGAUGUUGCAAUCCUCACAGCACUACUAAAAGGGACAAACGCCUCUGCAUUUGACCAGCUUGUGCUUACUCUUGCAUGGGACAGAGUUGAUGUUGCCAAAAAUCAUGUUUUUGUUUAUGGACAGCAGUGGCUGGUUGGAUCUUUAGAGCAGGCUAUGUUAGAUGCCCUUGUGAUGGACCGAGUUGCCUUCGUGAAACUACUUAUUGAGAAUGGAGUAAGCAUGCACAAAUUUCUUACAAUUCCCAGACUGGAAGAACUUUACAACACUAAACAAGGCCCAACUAAUCCAGCGCUGUUUCACCUUGUUCGAGAUGUUAAACAGGGCAACCUUCCUCCAGGUUACAAACUCACUUUGAUUGAUGUGGGGCUCAUUAUUGAAUAUUUGAUGGGAGGAACGUACAGAUGCACCUACACACGAAAACGCUUCAGAGCAGUAUACAACAGUCUCAGCGGCAGCAAUCGGCGGUCUGGCCGAAAUGCUUCAAGCAGCACCCCUCAGUUACGUAAAAACCACGAACCUUUUGGUAACAGGGCAGAUAAAAAAGAGAAAAUGCGGCAUAACCACUUCAUCAAAACUGCACAGCCUUACAAACCAAAGGUCGAUACUGUUAUAGAAGAAGGAAAAAAGAAAAAAACCAAAGAUGACAUAGUAGAUAUCGAUGACCCGGAGACACGGCGGUUUCCUUAUCCUCUGAAUGAGCUGCUACUUUGGGCGGUGCUAAUGAAAAGGCAAAAAAUGGCCCUCUUCUUCUGGCAACAUGGGGAGGAGUCCAUGGCCAAAGCCUUAGUGGCCUGCAGGCUGUAUCGGUCGAUGGCCUAUGAAGCAAAACAAAGUGACCUUGUUGACGAUACCUCGGAAGAACUCAAACAGUAUUGCGAUGAGUUUGGACAACUGGCUGUUGAGCUGUUAGAACAGUCGUUCCGGCAAGAUGAAACAAUGGCUAUGAAGUUGCUAACUUACGAGUUAAAAAACUGGAGUAAUUCCACCUGCCUUAAGCUAGCAGUGUCUUCACGGCUUCGCCCUUUUGUUGCUCAUACAUGCACACAAAUGUUGUUGUCUGAUAUGUGGAUGGGAAGACUAAACAUGAGGAAGAAUUCAUGGUACAAGGUGAUAUUGAGCAUCUUGGUCCCCCCUGCCAUACUAAUGCUGGAAUACAAAACCAAGGCAGAAAUGUCCCAUAUUCCACAGUCUCAAGAUGCACACCAAAUGACCAUGGAAGACAGUGAGAACAACUUCCAGACCAUAGCAGAAGAAAUACCAAUGGAAGUGUUUAAAGAAGUAAAAGUCCUAGAUGGUAACGAAGGGAAGCAUGACAUGGAGACAGCUGUAAAGCCCAAGAGACUUCCAGUGACACGGAAAUUUUAUGCCUUUUAUCAUGCACCAAUAGUGAAAUUCUGGUUCAAUACGUUGGCCUACUUAGGAUUUUUGAUGCUUUAUACUUUUGUCGUUCUUGUGAGAAUGGAAGAGCUGCCUUCCAUUCAGGAAUGGAUUGUCAUUGCUUACAUUUUCACAUUGGCUGUUGAGAAGAUUCGUGAGAUCUUCAUGUCGGAGGCUGGGAAGGUUAGUCAGAAGAUAAAAGUGUGGUUCAACGAUUACUUCAAUGUCAGCGAUACAAUAGCCAUCAUCACUUUCUUUAUUGGUUUUGCACUAAGAUUUGGAGCAAAAGGGAAUUUUAAUGAAGAUACUUAUUCAUUAAAUCACAUUUUUGUUGCUGGAAGAGUAACUUACUGUCUGAAUAUAAUCUUCUGGUAUGUGAGGCUACUGGAUUUCCUAGCUGUAAACCAACAGGCUGGCCCUUACGUCAUGAUGAUUGGGAAAAUGGUGGCCAACAUGUUUUACAUUGUAGUGAUCAUGGCUGUUGUCCUGCUCAGUUUUGGAGUCCCCAGGAAGGCAAUACUUUACCCUAAUGAAGAACCAUCCUGGGUUCUGGCAAAAGAUAUUGUGUUUCAACCCUACUGGAUGAUCUUUGGUGAAGUUUAUGCUUAUGAAAUAGAUGUGUGUGCAAACAAUUCUGACCAAAAUGUUAAAGAGCUCUGCGUGAUGGGAUCAUGGCUCACUCCGUUUCUUCAAUCAGUCUAUCUCUUUGUCCAGUACAUAAUUAUGGUCAAUCUCCUCAUCGCCUUUUUCAACAAUGUAUACUUGCAAGUGAAAGCAAUUUCCAACAUUGUAUGGAAAUACCAGCGUUAUCAUUUUAUUAUGGCUUAUCAUGAGAAACCUGUCCUGCCCCCUCCUCUUAUCAUCCUUAGUCAUAUGGCUUCCCUGUUCUGUUGCGUAUGCAAGCGAAGAAAGACCGAUAAAGCUUCAGAUGGACCAAAACUGUUUUUAACAGAAGAGGAUCAGAAGAAACUACAUGAUUUUGAAGAAUUAUGUGUUGAAAUGUAUUUCAAUGAAAAAGAUGACAAGUUCCAUACGGGGAGUGAAGAAAGAAUUAGAGUAACUUCUGAACGGGUGGAGCAAAUGUGCAUUCAGAUCAAGGAAGUUGGUGACCGAGUCAACUAUAUCAAGCGCUCAUUACACUCUCUAGAUACUCAGAUUGGCCACUUGCAGGAUCUUUCGGCACUCACGGUGGACACUUUGAAAACAUUAACAGCACAGAAGGCUUCAGAAGCAAGCAAGGUCCAUAAUGAAAUUACACGUGAACUGAGCAUUUCUAAACAUCUGGCGCAGAACCUCGUUGAUGACGGUCCCCUAAGAUCUUCCAUGUGGAGGAAGCACAGUAUUGGCAAUGUAUUUGGUUCCUCUUUCCCCCAAGGAGGCCUUGAAAGUAAUAAUGCUGUACUGUGCAACAUUUCUAUGCAAGAUGAAAGAGAUUCUGGACAUAAGAUGACUGAUUUCCCCAACAGGAAUGAACUCAACUUUCCAGAGGCAGGUUCCUCUGGCAGUGCCUUAAUCCCAAGAGCUCUUUCUCCUCCAGAACUUCGUCAAAGAAUACAGGGUACAGACUCAGCAAAGAGCAGUAAUAAAAGUAAAAAGGUGGGCAGUUCCUCAAAAAGCAUGCCGCAUCAAACGUCCCCAACAGCUAAAUUUUUUGUUAGCACUCCUUCUCGACCCAGUUGCAAAAGCCAGUUAGAAACUGCAGCCAAGGAUGAGAAGGCCGCCGACACAGAUAACACUGUCGAAUUUGGUGCAUUUGUGGGUAAGUAUAGCCGACUCAAGCAGGAACUUCCUAAACUUGCCGUUGGUUGCUGUAGUUGUCCUGCUUCGCAUUCUGUAUGUCUUGCUGUCAGCUCCCAAGCUUGCGUUGGAGUAGAGGGAUACGUUAACCAUGCUUUUGUCGAUAAUGAAAGUGACGAUGUCGCAGAUGGCUGCAUGGACAAAUGGAAUCUCUACGUCUCUUCCGACACAAUGAAGAAUAGUGCCACCAAUAAGUUACAGCGGUCUUCUACUAAUGAGAACAGGAAUGAGAUGAGUGAACAUCUGAAAGGAGCACUGAGUGUUGAAGGACUCCCCUACAGCACUCAAGAAACUGCACGAAAGAACCAAGCUUUAUGUUCCAGGACCUUUACACGAGUCCAGAAACUGUGGAUCAAAUCUAAAUUGCAAGGUCACAGAGACAGCAUGGAAUUACAGAGAUUUAAGGACACCGAACUUAAGAGCAAAGAAAAAAGUGAUACAAUUGAGGAGCAACAGGAGGAUUUCAGAAAAGCAAUUUUAGAAGGCAUGGAGACAACAAGGCAGCAGGGCAGUAGCGGCACUGAAGGCAGCCUGAGACAGGUCAGUUCAUGUGGCGGCUUCACUGAAUACCAUCGAAGCUUGAUAGCCGGCCGUUCAGAGCAAUUGCACAGUAAGAGCAGAAAGACAUCAGUUGAAGAGUCUCCUCAGGCAGAUUCUAAGGCAGCCUUACUCACGGACUGGGUACAAGGCCGACCUUCAUACAGCAAUCAGAUGUCUUCUGAAGAAGAUGCUCUGAAUGGUAUUGCUUCCCCUUUCAAGCCCAUCAUGGAUUCCACCUACUACUAUUCAGCUGUUGAAAGAAAUAAUCUGAUGAGGUUGUCACAGAGCAUCCCAUUCACCCCUGUGCCUCCAAGAGGAGAACCAGUCACUGUGUAUCGUCUUGAAGAAAGUUCUCCCAACAUCUUGAACAACAGCAUGUCUUCCUGGUCUCAACUGGGUCUUUGUGCCAAGAUUGAAUUCCUGAGCAAGGAGGAGAUGGGAGGAGGUUUGCGACGAGCCCUCAAAGUGGUCUGCACCUGGUCAGAGUAUGACAUUUUGAAGUCGGGCCAUCUUUAUAUCAUCAAAUCUUUUCUACCUGAAGUUAUCAAUACUUGGUCAAGUAUUUACAAAGAAGAGACAGUGUUACAUCUCUGUUUAAGAGAAAUUCAGCAACAGAGGGCUGCACAGAAACUCACAUUUGCGUUCAAUCAGAUGAAGCCAAAGUCAAUUCCAUAUUCCCCAAGAUUCCUGGAAGUGUUUCUCUUAUAUUGCCAUUCAGCUGGGCAGUGGUUUGCAGUGGAGGAGUGCAUGACAGGGGAAUUCAGGAAGUACAAUAACAACAACGGGGAUGAGAUCAUCCCAACCAACAUGCUGGAAGAGAUGAUGCUGGCCUUCAGCCAUUGGACCUACGAAUACACUCGAGGAGAGCUGCUGGUCCUGGAUCUUCAAGGUGUCGGUGAAAAUUUGACAGACCCCUCUGUGAUAAAAGCUGGAGAAAAAAGGUCAAGUGACAUGGUAUUUGGGCCUGCGAAUCUAGGAGAAGACGCCAUCAAAAACUUCAGAGCAAAGCACCACUGCAAUUCGUGCUGCAGGAAGCUAAAGCUCCCAGAUUUGAAGAGGAACGAUUACACCCCUGACAAAAUCCUACUGCCUCAGGACGAUUCUCCAGAACUGACCAUUCAGCCUGGGAGCUGCACCAAAGAAUCAGGCUCAGCGAGUUCAAGUCACCUGAUGCUGUAGCAAAACACACAGCUCUUUCAACUUCAACCAGACACUUGCGGAAGUCUUCACUGGGUUCUCUUGCCCAUCUUUCCCUGCACUGUUGGCUUGACGAAUGAGUUCAUCGAAGUGGAAACCACACAAACACGGAAUGGAAUUUUGUGAUGGCUCCAGUACAGUGAGCUGUCCAAUACCUGGGUAGACAUAGCCAAACUGCAGGAAGCCACCUCUGGAGGGGUAGUUGGUGAUUUUUCUUUAAAAGGCUGGAUGAAAUUAAGUAUUUAUGAAAAUAGCUUUUUAAAGAAACAUUUUAGCAGAAGGUUAAACUUGACAAUUUUACCGUGGUCCUUGGAGGGGGAUCUUUUUGCCCCUCUCCCCUCCGUUCUGUAGUGCAAUAUGCCCUUGACCAAAUGAUUAUUUUUGUUUUGUUUUUUGCAUCUGAUGGUUUUAAGGCAGAUCAGCAGGGUUUUGUGACAGCUGGUUUCUGUCAUCUGGCAAGGACAAUGGAAGAGAGAUCCCCUCCUUCCUUCCUCUUCAGCUUCGCAGAUACCGAAGGAUUCUCUGACCCUCUUGCGGGGGUGUCUUCGAGAUGUGCUCUCUCUGUUUGGUGCCAUGUAUGUUUCUUUUAUGCGGCCCAUGGGAACACUGCUGCUCCUAAGGGAAUCUGCCCACGCUCAGUGCCAGUUCCGUUGUGAAGCUGCAGGGGCAGGAAGCGCCAGUUCCCCGACGUGAAGAGGUAGAAGAGAGCCUGUCUCCUGUAUCAGGAUUCAGCCUCAAAAGCGUGGAGCCAGCUCCCAUGGGGAUGAAUUGUGCUCCCUUACGGAUAUGUGUGUAUGUUUUUUAAAAAAAAAAAUACAUUUCAGUUUUUUCAAGUCACUGUCGUGUAGUAGCAAAGCCUCAAGAGGAGAUGUGGAGGGGAGAAAUAAUCACAUUGUAUAGAACAAAAAAUAGCACAGAGGCUGGUCCAGAAUACAGAGCAAGGGGAGGGGGGGAACCAGGUGUUAGGGAGGAGCUAUUUCUUGUUACAAUAGUGGCUGCUUCAGAAAUUUUGCCUUCCAAAGAUCUCCUAAAAACCAGUAUAUGAAAGCUGAAUGUACACACGAACUUUUUUUGGGGAGAGGGGGGUCCUUUGAGAUGCUGCUUUUGCAGUGUGGACGCUGCUGCUGGUUCCUUCCCCUGCCUCUCAGGUAAUGUUAGGCACCCCGGGGGUUUGCAGGAGGAGUCCAGGCCGCGUCAUGUCUCUGCCAUGGCAACACUGCCACAGUUCGCAGAAAGAACGGUGCUGUCGUGGAUUUUUCCUGGGCAUCUUUUAAUGUGAAUCUUGGUGGCGCUGGAAAAAGCUGUAAAAGAAAUGUCCAAAGGGCCCCUUAGUAGUAUUUAAGAUGGCGUGGGAAACGCCUUUUAAUGUAAUGUUAUGUAUGGUACUUAUUUAAGAAAAAAGAAACUAGGGAUGGAUUUACAUGAUGUCACAUACGGGAGAUUGCAAUGCAACUUUUAAGCCAAUAACAUGUAAUUUCCCUGUCCCAGAUUUGUUGAAUAUUCAACAAGAAGAACCUGUUGUCCAACUGAAGUUUUAUGCUGCGUUUUUGUUUUGCUACAUAGGUACUAAUUGUAAUUUUUAAUUGAAGGGCACCGUAAAGCUCAGUAAUUUUUUUUUAUUCCGUAGUGUAUCUCAUAGAUACAGACGAUAAGGCACGAACACAAUAGCUGUUUAAAUGGUGGUUCAUGUUGCUGGGGAAGGAAUAGCAUAGUGAAUUAAAGAUACAAAACUGUAUACAUUUUGUAUAUCAAUAAAUCUUUAAACAAUCCCAAAUAAAUUUAUUCUUGUUUAGA